AUGCGGCGGUUGCAACCGCAGGGCCUGGCGCGGGCGGCCGCGGCGGCGCUGGCGGUGGCGUUCGUGGGCGGCAGCUGCCUGCCUGACGCGCAGGCGGUGACAACCGAGCAGCUGCUAUUCCUUGAGGCGUGGCGCACCAUCGACAAGGCGUACGUGGACAAGGGCUUCAACGGCCAGAGCUGGUUCAGGGUAAAGGAGGACUAUCUCAAGAAGGUGCCCAUGAACAACCGCCAGCAGACACACGACGCCAUCCGCCGCCUGGCUGCGUCCCUUGAUGACCCCUUCAUGCGGUGGCUGGAGCCCGAGCGCCUCGCGGCGCUGCGGCGCGGCACGGCCGGCGCCGUCACGGGUGUGGGCGUGGAGGUGACAUUCACGGACUCGAAGGCCGGCAGCGAGCUGGCCGUCGUGACGCCCGCGCCCGGCGGCCCUGCAGAGGGCGCAGGCAUCAGGGCCGGUGACGUCAUCGAGGCCAUCGCGGGCACGCCCACCAAGGGGCUGUCGCUGUACGAAGUGUCAGACCUGCUGCAGGGGGAGGAGGGGUCAGAGGUCAUCCUGCGCAUCCGCUCCAGCGGGCGGCCGUCGCGGGACGUGGCGGUGGCGCGGCGGCGCGUCACCAUUGUGCCCGUGGCGUAUGAGGUCUGCAGCGGCGUCAACCCGGCCUCCCUGCCGCCAGGCGCCUCCGCCCCCGGCCGUGUCGGGUACAUCCGCAUGGCCACGUUCAACGGCAACACGGCCGGAGCCACCCAGGCGGCCAUCCAGGACCUCAAGAAGCAGGGGGUGGACGCGUACGUCCUGGACAUACGCAGCAACGGCGGCGGCCUCUUCCCCGCUGGCGUGGCGGUGGCGCGGAUGUGGGUGGACCGCGGCGAGAUCGUCCUCAUCGCCGACAGCCAGGGCGUAAGGGACAUCUACUCAGCGGACGGCAACGCCCUCGACGCGUCGACACCGCUGUCGGUGCUGGUCAACAAGGGCACCGGCAGCGCCGCCGAGGUGUUGGCGGGCGCGCUGCGGGACAACAAGCGCGCCACCAUCGUGGGCGGCACCACCUUUGGCAAGGGGCUGAUCCAGACCAUUGUGGACCUGAGUGAUGGCUCGGGGCUGGCCAUCACGCUGGCGCGCUACCAGACCCCCCUGGGCAUAGACAUCAACAAGGUGGGCAUCACACCUGACAUAGGCCUGGAGGACAGCGCUGAGGUGGAGCCCGAGGCGGGGAAGCUGCCGCCGCCAAACGCGGGCGCGGUGUGCCGGCUGCUUGCAUCGGACGUCGCGCCGCGGCUGUUCAAAUAG